CCGUCGUCACUCUGAUUCCCAGUCUUCCUGGAAAGUGAGACAACUGAGCUUGCUUAAACCCUAACAAUGGCGAUCGUGAGUCCCCAGCAGCAACCUCAAAUCCACAGGUUUCCGCAAUUCAAGUAUGUUGACGGCGUUCGAUGGCUUCCACCGCUCUCCGCAUUCGGCCGGUUUGCCGUCGUUGCCCUUUUCGACUCCGAUUCCGACUCAUCCUCCAUUGAAAUUCACUCCCUUACUCAAAAUCCGCUGGAUAUGGCUCCUCAGUCGUUUUGGACGUCACCUUCAAGAAUCUCUUCCCUUAAAACCUCUCAAUUCUAUCAGAACCCUCUCGUUUUCGCUUCGACUUAUACGGGCUCUCUUCAUGUUCUAUCUGUCGAGCCAAUGGAUGCGUCGCUCGAUUCGGAGCUCUCCGUGCCUGAGAAGGUAUUGCACGAUAGACCUAUUUCUUGUGUCGAUGUGAUGGAUGGUGGAGGUGAAUGUCUGACGGUUGCGGAAGAUGGACGGGUGAAUUUGGUUAGCGUUGGGGAAUCUGGAUUGAAUUAUCGUCGGAUAUUCGAUAGUAAUGGGUUGGUGUCGUAUACUGCAGCGAAAUGGGCAUCCCCCACUGAGUUUGCGACAGGAGGUUGUGGGUUUAGCUUGCAAUGGUGGGAUCAGAGGAAGCCCGGUGGAGCAGUUUCUCAGUUUAAGGGCGACUGGGCUUCUGGUAUUGUUCACUGCAUAGACAUCCAUCCAUCCCGAAAACACACUUGUUUGGCAGGAGGCUCUUUCGGAACUGUCUUUGCCUGGGAUUUGAGGUGGCAACAGCAGCCUAUCAUUCUCUCAGGUCUAGAAGGGAGCAAAACAUCAAAUUUUUCGCCAUGUGAAAGUGAGGUUUGGGAGGUUCACUAUGAUCCUUAUAUUAAGUCUGGCAACAUUGGUGGCAUGUCAUCUUCGCAGAUUUUACCUGCCAUGAUCUGCUCCGAGGACGGGAUUAUAACAAGUAUUGAACAAGGCAAGCAGCCUGUGGAACUGCUAGCAGAACCUUGCGCAAUUAAUGGUUUUGACAUCGACCGUCAACACCCAUCGGAAGUGAUAUGUAAUUUGGAAUGGGAAUCCGUGGCCAUCCUGUCAAGACCUUGAUUUUCAGAAGUCAUCGUCUUUUCUAAAUCGUUUGGUUACAAUCCACUAUAUCGAUCCCUUUGACGAUGUAAGGUUUUUUGUAUCUAUAGCUUUUUUACCUCUCGCAGAAUGCAUGCGAUUUCUUAGUUUUAGGCUCAUGUAAAAUUUGAGGCUGUUGCUGGGUUUAGUUACACCACGUAAUUUGAACUGAAUUUUGAUAUGGAUUAUCAUAUUGGUCUUGACCAUAUCAGGGUGAUAUGAAUGAUGUAACUUUGCAUUGUGUUUUUAAUGUAUUUCUUCUUUUUUUCAUUCUA